GCCGCUUGAGCAAAUUGCAACAAGGUAACUGUCAGGAAAAUGAUGCUCAAAGAACAGUUCAGGAAGUGAACCGGAAUCCGAAUCUGCUUCCACGGCCAAGUGUGGAACUACACAAGGAAUUUGUCUUCGUUCCGAAGAAAGAACGCAAAGGAAAUGAGACGUUGACUUAGUUAUCAGAGUCGCGGACGUGCGAGGUGCAGAGUCUUCUUCAUUUGGUGCAGCAUCAUGUCCGCCUCCGAGCCGGUCCCGUUGGGGCGGAAGCGCGCCCUGCCCGCGUGCCCAAACCCGCUGUUCCUCAAGUGGCUCACUGAACUCCGGGACGAGGCGAGGGAGAAAGGCCUGAAGCUGGAGUACACUUACCAGAAGGCCAUUCGCUCUCUGAACAAAUAUCCUCUUCCGCUUCGUGAUGCCAGAGAGGCCAAGAUCCUGCAGAAUUUUGGGGACGGCAUCUGCAAGAUCCUCGACUCGAAGCUCCGCCGACACUACGGAGAACACGGUGAGGACACGGCAGUUGGCGUGGAAGCGGACGACAAAGGUCCAGUUCCCGGCCGGGAGGAUCAGAAAAGAGGCAGAGGAGUGGCGAAGAAAAGGAAGAAGCCGUAUGCGCCCCAGAAAGGAUCCGGCGGUUACGCGGUGCUGCUCGCCCUUUACACACAUUCGCAGACGGCGGGCGGCAAAGGUUUCAUGUGCAAGACGGAGCUGCAGGCUCGAGCGCAGCACCUCUGCCAGAAGUCCUUCGCUGCGCCCGAGCUCGGCGCGAAGUACACGGCCUGGUCGGCGGUCGCCACCUUGAUCAAGAGGAACCUGCUGCAGAAGACGCACAGUCCCGCACGCUACUCCCUGACGGAGGAAGGCGCGUCGUUGGCGAGGCGCCUGCACGCGACCCAGCCGGCGGACAAGGACGGCGACGACGCUCCCGCCGCCGGUGACGAGGAGGACGGCGAACGGCCGAGAUACGAGGCGGGGCGCCGAGGACGCCUCCUCGCCGGCACCUUUGACAUCGUCCUGUGCGUGGACGUGAUCGAGACGACGGGCGCCGGGCGGCCCUGCAAGGAGGAGCUGAUCAGGGAGCUGCGGAGGAGCCGCGUCAACUUUGACGUCAGGAAGCUCAGCGUGGGCGACUUCUUGUGGGUGGCCCGGGAGAAGGUCACGCCCGCGUCAGGUCCGCCGCGGGAGCUGGUCCUCGAUUACAUCGUGGAAAGGAAGCGGAUGGACGACCUGUGUGGCAGCAUCAUUGACGGGCGCUUCAGGGAACAGAAGUUUCGCCUGAAGAAGUGCGGCCUGCGCAGGCCCAUCUACCUGGUGGAGGGAGACGGGGGGCCGGCGGCGGCGGCCCACCUGAGCCUCCCCGGCGGCACCCUGCGGCAGGCCGUCGUCGGCACGCAGGUGGCGGACGACUUGUUCGUCAAGCGGGUGCGGGACCUGCGGGGAUCGGCCGCCUACCUCGCCGUCAUGACCGAGCGGCUCACCAAACUCUACCAGAACCGCACGCUGACGUGUCGCUCCCGGGAGUCGGGCGGCGACGCGGCGACGCCCUUCUGCUCCCUCGUGUCCUUCUCCGAGUUUAACGGCGGCGCCGUCAAAAACAAGAGCCAGACGGUGCGCGAGGUCUUUGCCAGGCAGCUGAUGCAAGUGGGCGGCUUGUCGGCAGAAAAAGCGUCGGCGCUCCUGGAGAGAUACGCCACUCCGCGCAGCCUUCUGGCGGCGUACGCCAAGUGUACGAGUGACGCCGGGAAGGAGAAGCUGCUGUCCAGCGUUCCGUUCGGGAGGCUCAGCAGGAAACUGGGUCCGACCGUGAGCCGAACUCUCUCGCAGCUGUACUCCACCCAAGGAGCGCUGUCUUAGGUCACCACCCGGGGCGGGCGAGGAAGUCGUCGAGCAGAUCACGUCGGAGUCGCUCAGCGGAACGUGGCGGCAACAAACGUGACGAGCUGACGCGAAACUCCCGUGGGGGGGGGGGGGCGCACCUUUUUGCCAUCGUUCUCUAGUGGGGGAAAAUGGCAGGGCUUGUUUUUGACUUGGUGGGUUUUUUUUUUUUUUUUUAAACAUUUUAGCUGUAUCCUCAACUCAGAUGAAAAUGUUUUGCUUAAUUUCCACGUGCAAGGAUGCAAACAUUUGUGCGAUCGCUUGGCUUUUCCUUUUUCCAUCUGCCGUUCUUAUCGUGUGGCCGCGUGGGACACGUACCUCCAGAUAAACUUGGCCAAUGACAUUCAGAAAAGGCAAACAUGGAAGUACAAAUGCCAUCCAUAUUGGACUUCCACACGUCUUAAGUAAAGUUCUUUUCCCCAGGUGAAGGUUUUAGCUUGAAUGUUUGCAUUUUGGAUUUGCAGUUUUUUUUUUCCAUCUACAAAUCUGUAACAACGUAACCGUGACAAUAAAGAGAUGAAAUUCAUUGAUGCUCCGAAAGUGUCACCGUGA